AUGGUCCGGCAGUCUUCGCUUGUCCGAAUCGCAUCUUCCGUGGCUAAACUUAGCCAGAAAACUGGCUUUGGCCCCAAUCGCCUCUACAGAAAAGGAGUUCACUUCGUAGGAACUGAACCUGACGCUUUGAAAUAUCAUUUGUUGCAAGACAAGAAGCCAGGCGAGCCAUACGGAUUGCAAGGAGUAAACCAUUUACUUCCAGGCACUGGCAAAGUUCACUCAAAGUUACCUGUAAAAGUCCGGAUGAAAAAAGACAAGGUGUACGCCUGGUGUAGUUGCGGCUACAGUGGGAAUCAGCCUCUUUGUGAUGGAACUCACAACUCUAUUCGAGUUCCUGACUUGAAACUCAAGCCGGUACGGUUCAUUCCUGAUGAAGAAAUCACAGUAUGGCUGUGUAAUUGCAAGCAGACGAAAAAUAGGCCGUUUUGCGAUGGAUCUCACAAGAAUAUAGUGGAUGAGGACAAGAAAGCCGGCCUCUUCGACUAG